CUGGCCUCCGUAGCGAUCAGCCCAGUGGUACUUUGCUUCAGUCAGGUCCACGGUGGAAAUCGCAGCGUGAAACUGUGAAAGUGAACUGUUCCUCGUCACAAAAUGAGCCGAAAUUACAACGAUGAGCUGCAAUAUUUGGAGAAGAUCUCCAGCAACUGCUGGAGAAUCAAAAAAGGCUUUGUUCCCAACAUGCAGGUUGAAGGAAAUUUCUACGUCAACGAUUCUCUGGAGAAACUGAUGUUUGAGGAGCUUCGUAACGCCUGUCGAGGUGGAGGUAUUGGUGGUUUUCUUCCAGCCAUGAAGCAGAUAGGGAACGUGGCGGCGCUGCCUGGUAUCAUACACAAAUCCAUUGGCCUUCCAGACGUCCACUCAGGGUACGGUUUUGCAAUCGGAAACAUGGCGGCCUUUGACAUGAAUGACCCUGACGCUGUCGUGUCUCCAGGUGGCGUCGGCUUCGACAUAAACUGUGGCGUACGUCUCUUGAGGACAAACCUGGACGAGCGCGACGUGCAGCCCGUUAAGGAGCAGCUGGCACAGUCGCUUUUCAAUCACAUUCCCGUGGGAGUCGGGUCCAAAGGAGUCAUUCCCAUGGGAGCCAAAGACCUGGAGGAGGCGCUGGAGAUGGGUGUGGACUGGUCCCUGAGGGAGGGCUACGCCUGGGCUGAGGACAAGGAGCAUUGCGAGGAGUACGGCAGGAUGCUGCAGGCCGACCCCAACAAGGUGUCGUCCAAGGCCAAGAAGCGAGGUCUCCCCCAGCUGGGAACUCUGGGAGCAGGAAACCACUACGCUGAGAUCCAGGUGGUGGAUGAGAUCUACAACGACUACGCCGCCAAGAAGAUGGGCAUCGACCACAAAGGUCAGGUGUGCGUGAUGAUCCACAGCGGCAGCCGAGGCCUUGGUCACCAGGUUGCCACAGAUGCUCUGGUUGCCAUGGAGAAGGCCAUGAAACGGGAUAAGAUCACAGUGAACGACCGUCAGCUGGCGUGCGCUCGCAUCACCUCACAGGAAGGUCAGGACUACCUGAAGGGGAUGGCAGCGGCGGGAAACUACGCCUGGGUGAACCGUUCGUCCAUGACCUUUCUGACUAGACAGGCCUUCGCAGAAGUCUUCACCACCACACCAGACGACCUGGACAUGCACGUCAUCUACGACGUCUCUCACAACAUCGCCAAAGUGGAGGAGCACAUCGUGGACGGGAAGCAGAAAACACUGCUGGUUCACCGCAAAGGCUCCACCAGAGCCUUCCCGCCCCACCAUCCACUCAUUCCUGUCGACUACCAGCUGACAGGUCAGCCGGUGUUGAUCGGAGGGACGAUGGGAACAUGCAGCUACGUCCUCACAGGGACGGAACAUGGAAUGACCGAAACCUUCGGAACCACCUGUCACGGAGCAGGUAGGGCUCUCUCUCGAGCCAAGUCUCGCAGAAACCUGGACUUCCAGGACGUCCUGGACAAACUGGCCGACAUGGGCAUCGCCAUCAGAGUGGCUUCACCUAAACUGGUCAUGGAAGAGGCUCCUGAAUCGUACAAAAACGUGACGGACGUCGUGAACACGUGUCACGACGCAGGAAUCAGUAAGAAGGCGAUAAAACUGCGACCCAUCGCUGUGAUAAAAGGCUGAACCUGCAUGACACAAGGACAAGUGACCGCAAAAAGUGCAAUGAGAAAAGGCGAACGGAGUCGAGUCGAGGAAAAAGAUCUGACUCAGUUUGGCGCUUCGGGUUUUUUUGUUUGUGGAGAGACAAGAGAAUUUAAGUUGAAGAAAGCUGAAAAACAGCAGAAUUAAGUUGGUAUUUAAAUAAAACAGAUGGAUUAUGUUAAAGGAAGUGUUUAGACUGCGAACAUUACAUCACUUAUGUUUACUAUAAAAAUGGAAAGCUAAUGAAUGGAUGACAAAAAUGUGACCCUGAAGGACAGAAAAUAAAAAUGAACAUAUUUUUCUGGUAGAGUAAA